ACAAAUUUGCUGGAAAUUGACUUACAAGUUUGCAUCUAAUCUCCACAAAUGGUACAAGCACGUCACCGUUUCGCGCGAGACUGCCAUUAAGUGAAGCUCGUGCACGUGUCUGCCUCGGGCUAGCUUGCUGCAAGCUGGAAAACUUCACAGCUAAUUUCAAAUUCAAAUUUCAAGGUUUUGUUUUGUUUGUGCAAGCCGACUUUAAGAUUUGGAAUGAUAACUGUCCCGACUAUCACUCACAGAGGAUUUUACCGGGGUUAACGUGGGACAACCUGUAACCACUUGCAUAAUGAAAUCAAACCACUGAACUGACUGUCUUGGCAAAUGUCACAUAGGCCUAAAUGGCCUCUAUGGAGAGAAAACAUGAGAUUUGCAGCCCAUUCAUUCCACGGCGCAACGCUUUGAGGAAAACAAGUGCAGAAAUUGUCAGUGAAGCCAGACAGUCCCUGCGAGUCCAGUCCACCCAGCGACCAUUUACUCCCAGAGAUGGACACAGGCAACUUUUCGUAAAGAGCUCUGCUCGUGCAGAUCGUGACAUCAGGCCUCCAUCGACCUUUAGUCUUCAUGCUCAAAAUUUUGAUGCUCCUGACUCCAGGCCAGGUUCAGGGACCCGCCUCUCUCCUCUGGACCAUAAGCCAAAGUUUCCAGUCCCCUGCGAUGCUGAGGAUCCAUUCAAGGCCUUUCCCAAACCCCCCACUGACCCACUGGAAGUGAAGAGGGGGUUGGCAGUGGCACGGGCACGCCUCCUCAGGGUUGGAUCUCUCACCACGUUGCCUCCUGUAGAGGGACACACAGAUGUGAAAGAUAGAUUGAAUCCAGGCCCAGGACAAAAGCAGCCGUCAGCUAAACGACUCCCCAAUACAGACCACACCGAGGUCCGCAGUGGUCCCCACAAACCUGGACCACGCAGAACAGCAAGUGAAAGGAAUAGUGCAGACUUGACGGUGACGUGCAGAGAUAGAAUAACUCAGCCGGGUAAUGACUCAGGAGUUAGACCCACAGAGUGCAGAGGAGGACGGAGAACAGAGCUGGGGAAUGGAGACGACACCACAAGUGCAGAGGAGAAUGCAGAGUCAUUGGUGUGGAAUAAUAUGAUUGCUCCUCUUCUCCAACAGCUAGAGAGUGUGGCUGCAGGCAGCUCUGAGGGAUCGGUGGACCGUCUGUGUGAUUUGUGUGAUGGUCUCCAUGGCACCUUGGUAGAAGCGGACAUGCUCGGCCGACACUGUAAGAGAAGGACAGGGAUACUUCGAACACUGUUCCGCCUCAUCGACCUCAACUCUGUCCAGCUCAACCUGCAAAUCGCCAAGCUCUGCCUUGCUCUGUGUGUCAGUGGAAACAACCUGCUCAACAUCUGUAAGCUCAUCUUCCAGAUCAGCCGCAGUGAAAGCAAUGACAUCCUCUUCCAGAACAACUCUAUCAUAGACUCAUUUCUGGGCAUUUUGAGCAAUGAGGAUGUGUCUGCAUCUGGAGAAGCUCUGCUGUACUGUGUUGGGACUCUGAAAUUUCUCUCAGGAAACAGUGCAAUCCUCAGACUCCUGUUGGACAAGAACUGUAUUGGUGUGUCUCAGAAACUCAUCCAGAGGCUCUGCACAACAGAGGACACCAACUUCACUAUAGCAGGGCACAUCCUUGUACAGCUGACAGCAACCCUGAGAAACCUUGCAGAUCAUCCUGAUUCCCGUCCACUCUUCAUCUCCUUCUCUAUACUGUCAGAGCUCUGUCUGGUGCUGCGUCAUCACCACAAAGACCAGGACAUCUGCACCAACAUUUCCAGAAUAUACAGUAAACUCUCCUCUUACUCGGAGUGCCGCCUCGCUCUGGCCCAGACCCCCGACUGCUACCAAUUAUUUUUAGAACUGCUGAGCAAACAUCACCAAAAACAGGACCUUGUUGUGCGCCUUCUUUUCACCCUCGGGAACCUCACAGCCAAAAGCAACGAGGCUCGGCAGCAGCUCUUUCAGUGCGAGGGCUGUGUGGACACACUCCUGCAGCUGUACCACAGCUACCAGCGCAGAGACUACUCACCACAUGCACCCCCACGGAAAGGUCCCCCUUCCCCCAGCAAGCCUCCUGCACCUCCAGUGACUGUGCAGGAGGAUGAGGACGUGCUAGUGAAGCUGGUCAGGGUGCUGGCAAACAUGUGCAUCCACCCGGCUGUAGGUCCAGCUCUAGCAACCAACACAACCUGUAUUCAGCUGCUGAUGGAGACAAUUGAGCUGAGGUCUGUGCAGGAAAGCGAGGAGCUAUUGGUGAAUGUGGCUGCCACCAUCAACAACCUGUCCUUCUACCAGGAAGAAAGCUCUGUACUCAGACAAAGUCAACUCACCAUUGCAAAGUUGAUGUUGAAGUUGGUGCUCAGCUCCAGUAUGGACGCCAUGCUUGAGGCCACCCGUGUGUAUGGAAAUUUGUCUCAGUCCAAGGAUGUGCGGGACUUUAUUAUGCAAAACAAAGUGCACCAGUUGGUAGUGACGCUGCUCGACUCAAAAAGCACUGAGAUGUGUUUUUCAGCCUGCGGGGUCCUCACCAACCUGACUCUGGACCCCCCGAACAGGGUCAGUCUCUCACUAGAGGGGGCUGCAGCCAAGCUUGUGGACUGUCUGAAAGACUUCGGACCAGGUGAUUGGCAGUUGGCGGGCCAGGUCUGUCAGGCAUUGUGGAAUAUGAUCGGCGGUGGCUCAGAGAAGCUGCUGGACACACAGGAGAGAGAGUCACUGCUGGAGAUCCUCAUUACAUACUUAGAUGAAGAAGAGGCUCUGAAGUGGAUAGAAAAUGAAGAUAUGAGGGACUUCCACAGGGCAUGCUGGGAGUUAGAGUUCCUCCCUGUAGCUCAAAAACUGAUGAAAACACUCCAGCGUCCGGACCAGACAACCUGACAAACUGGGCUAUGGCUUUUUCAUCUUAAAAACUUAACCCAGAGUCUACAUUAUAACUAUUAAACACUUCACCUCCAAUUGGUUUUACAUGUGGCUGUAAGUGUUUGUAGUUUCCUUUUCUCAGUUACAGUGGAUUCCAUUGCUGGAUUUUCAAGGCAGAAAAAGCCAAAACACCCUUAAAAACAUCUCAAAUCACUGCUGCAGCAUCAUUCACUUCUCCACUGACCAUCCAUACGCUAAAGUAUGUUCCAAAUGGUAAUAAUUCUGCACUAUAUCAAUACUCGAAAAUUCAAACUGACUAUUGAUGCUAUUUUUCAUGUAUUAAACUACAAACAUUUUACAGCCCGUUUUAAGGCCUACAGAUGGUCAGCCUGUCAUAUUCAAUUCUGUAUACUUAAAUAUUUGCAUUUUCAUUAAUUUAUGUAUUUAUUGCAUUUUUUAAAUUUGUAACAUUUCUUUUUCGCUUGCACUUUGAAUUCCCAUAAAUCUUGCAGAAGCCUUAAUUUCUGGGUAUCUUCACAUGUACAGGGAUAAUUUAAUACAAGCUCUUUGCACAUUUAUAUACCAGACUUGAUCUGUUUUGUAAGUUCACUGUGUUGUAAAGGUUAUUUUAUGAUAAUGUCUUGAAAACAGAUGACUGACCUGGAAUUGAUCUCAUAAGGAAAUCUUUUGUCUGUGGAUUUUGUAACAUUGGAACUUGUUCAUAAUAAAGCGGAAAACAUU